GCAGCACCGCCCCACUUGAAGUGAGUCCGCCUCUGCGCUCCAGCAGAGAGCCGACUGGCUGACUGGCUGGCUGACUGGCUGCGUGGGGAGCAGAGUGGGCGCUACGAGGACUCUCCUAUAAAAGCAGCAGGGAUCCCACGGACACGGACAGCUCGUCUCUCGGUCCCCGGAAGACAAACACCCGACACCUAGUCCCUACAAACCACAAACACCUGAUUGUUUUUUCCUCCCGUCACAGUCCGGAGAAUAAUCACCUGAAAGCCUCCACACACAAAAAAAAAAAAAAAAAAAAAAAGAAGGAUUCCUCGUGUCUCUGGUCUCGUGUCUCUGGUUGUGAGUGACGCGGCUGCAGGAUGUCCCGGACCGACGAGGUGCACCGGAUCACGGAGAAUGUCUACAAGUCCAUCAUGGAGCAGUUCAACCCCUGCCUGAGGAACUUCAUCGCCAUGGGGAAGAGCUACGAGAAGGCUCUGACCAGUGUCACAUAUGCUGCAAAGGGCUACUUCGACGCUCUGGUGCGGAUGGGCGAGAUGGCCAGCGAAAGUCAAGGCUCUAAGGAUCUUGGGGAGGUGCUCUUUCAGAUGGCUGAAGUGCACAGACAGAUCCAGAUCCAGCUUGAGGAGAUGCUGAAGUCUUUCCACAACGAGCUGCUGACGGAGCUGGAGAAGAAGGUGGAGCUGGACGCUCGCUACCUCAACGCGGCGCUGAAGAAGUACCAGAUGGAGCACAAGAGUAAAGGAGAGAGUCUGGAGAAAUGUCAGGCGGAGCUGAAGAAACUCCGCAGGAAGAGCCAAGGCAGCAAACACCCGUCCAAGUACGGAGACAAGGAGAUGCAGUAUGUGGAGGCCAUCAGCAACAAGCAGAGCGAGCUGGACAACUACAUCGCUGAAGGCUACAAGAACGCUCUGUCUGAGGAGAGGAGGAGGUACUGCUUCCUGGUGGACCGCCAGUGUGCCGUAGCCAAGAACAGCGGCGUCUACCACGGCAAGGGGAAGGAGCUGCUAACCCAGAAGAUCCCUCUGUGGCAGCAGGCGUGUGCCGAGCCCAACAAGCUGCCGGACCGGGCCAUGUUCCUGGCCCAGCAGAUGAGUGGAGCAGCGGGGACCAUGGUCCCCGGAGGGCACCAUCCAGGCAUGUCCAUCUCUGAGCCCAUCGCUGGAGCCAAGCCCCUCCCAGUGCCUCCAGAGCUGGCAGCCCUCAGGGCCAGUGGGGUCCUGGGACAACAGAGGCUGAUGGGAGCUGACGGAGGCAUGCCGGUGAUGAACGGGACGGCCGGAGCUCACGGAGGAGACGACUACCAGCAGUGGAUGGAGGGCAAGUUGGCCCAGGGCAAAGCUUCCCCUCAGGGCCAGAGACACGGGGGGGAGGUCUACUCCAACACCCUACCUGUACGCAAGGUGGCCCCCGCCAAGAGCAAGACCACCCUCACGGAGACCCGGACCCUGCCCCGCUCCAGCUCCAUGGCAGCAGGUCUGGAGAGGAACGGGAGGACCCGGGUCCAGGCCAUCUUCUCCCACGCCGCCGGAGACAACAGCACCCUGCUCAGCUUCUUCGAGGGCGACGUGAUCACCCUGCUGGUCCCCGAGGCCCGGGACGGCUGGCACUACGGGGAGAACGAGAAGACCAGGAUGCGUGGCUGGUUCCCCUUCUCCUACACCAGGGUCAUCUCUGAAGGAGACGGAAACUCCAUGAGGCAGCUCAGAGUACACAACCUCCACGGUAAGAGCAGCAGCACGGGGAACCUCCUGGAGAGAGAAGACAUGGCGCUGCCGGCUCCUGAUUACAGCCUCCAGUCCCGUAUGGCGGCGCAGAGCGCUGCGGCGCUGCACGGCAAACAACAACAACAACAACAACAACAGCAACAACAACAACGGCCCUACAGCGUGGCGGGGCCAGGCUUCUCUCAGGGAGUUGAAGAGUACGAGUCCCGAUUCCCCACAAGUUCCACAGAGGGCAAAUUGAUUUCGACAGUGUGAGGACAGACAGACAAACAGAC